AUGUCCCGCGCGCCGCUGCAGCCGCAGCUGCCAGACUAUCGAGAGGGCCACGCGGAGGCCCUCCGGGACCGCGGCUUCGAAUGGGCCGGCCCCGACGCCGGCCGCGACCCCGUGUUUGACGGCGCCAGGCUGCGGCCGCGCGGCUUCUGGAUCACGACAGACCUCCGAGACUAUGGCGUCGCGUCCACCGCACGCAUCAGCUGCAAGCUGUGGGACUGGGUGCUUAUCGACCCUGCAGAUGACGAGAUUGAAGGGGUGCAAGGGGAGGGCAGGGCCCCCUGGGUGGCUCAGAUCAUCGCGAUACUGGAGGACAAGGACGGCAGCUGCCAGAUCGGCGUUCGGUACUGCUGGCGCUGGGGGAACAUAUUCGCGGGCUGCGACCUCCACCCUGGCAUGGCGAGCCGAUGGAAGGCUCAGGUGUUCCUGCAGCGGGAGGAGUCGGAAAAGGGCGACCGCCGCGUCUGGGUCGACGUAGUCGGCAAGGGGCGGCGCUGCGUGUACCACGUCCACGCCAAUCUGAUCCUCGGCAAGAUCGAGGUGCUGCAUCUUGACCAGGUCAUGGCCAGGUACCCGGGGCUGCCGUGGAGGGAGGCGGUCGAAGCGUAUGAGCGGGACGGUCUGGCGGGGGACGACGCGCUGUUGACCCUCCGACUUGCAGAUUCAAACGAGGAGGGGCAGGGGCAGGAAGGCGAGGGGGCAGGCGCCCCGCGAGACGAGCGGCGGAAGCCGCGGCGGCAGUCGGCAGCAGUAGCGCCGCCGCGGCUGACGCGGCAGCAGGCGGCGGCGGCGGCGGCGGGCCGGGGCGGUGGUGGCGGCAAAGCCGGCGGCGGCGCGCGGCGGGGGCUGCAAGUCGGCGGCGCGGGCGAGGGUUGCAGCGGUGCGGAUGAAGUGACGUCAUCGGAGGAUGGCGAGGGGGAGGGUGAUUCAGACGGUGGAGAUGAGGAGCCCGCCGCCCCCGAGCCGGUCACAGGCGGCGCCGGUGCCGCCGCCGCCGCGCCGCAGGGCGGCCCGUGGCGCGUCAGGCGGUCUCACUUCUGGUGGCGCUUCGAGUUUGAUGACUCAGUGCUGGCGUUUGUGACGUCAUCGGCGCCGGACGAGGCCGGGCGGCCGCGGGCGGCGCCGGCGCCGGAGAGGGUUCCAGCGGGCAAGCUGCUGACUGCUGGGGACGCCUACUGCGGCCUGGGGACCGUGACUUUGGCGCUGCGGCAGCUCGGCAUGGCGGUGACGUUUGGCGUCGACUGCCACGGCGAGGCCUACAAAUCCUAUUUUUUUAACACCAGAGACGACGCCCACCCCGGCGGCGCGCCGUUCAACCCGCCGCCGCCGGGCGGCGGCGCGGCGCCGCCAUGCGACGCGAUUCAGUCGAGGAUGGCGGACUUCAACCGGGACCUGGCAGCCAACCCGCAGCUUCUCGCCAGGUACCACGGCCCCACUGUGAUGCACUACAGCCCGCCCUGCCAGGGCCUCUCCACCGCAAACAAAAAGGAGCGCCGCGCCGUCGGGCCCGAGUUUGGGCAUGUGAUACAGAAUGUGCGGCUGCUGGAGCCCGAGUUUGUGACGCUCGAAGAGGUGCCCCAGUUCCUCAGCGUGAUGCUGCAAGCCCAGCCGCCCGGCGGCCACCCGCCCCCCGCGGCCGAGCGCCGCGGCAAUGGCGCAGGCGGCGCGCCGCGCGCCGCGCCGCCGGCGCCGCCGACUCCGGCGGCGGUGCGGGAGCACCCGUGUCUGCCUGUGAUGGCGGCACUGGUGGACACGGGCUACCAGGUGCGGCCGAGCCUGCUGCAGGCGCUGCACUACGGCCACGCCGCCGCCAGAUGGCGCUGCGUGCUAUUCGCCGCGAAAGCGAACCGAGAGCUGCCGCGCCCGCCGCCGCCGCGCUACCACGUGCCCAAGCUGCCCCAGCUCCCCGCCAUCCACCGCGGCGCGCUGCUUACUGACAUGGGCUGGGGCGGGCUGGCCUUCACUGAGGAUGACACGGCGCACCUGCCACUUCACCUGACGGCCCGCCAGGCGCUGGGGGACCUCCCCUCCCUAAUGGCGGAGGAGCGCCAGAAGGCCCAGGAGAGGCAGGCAGCAGAGGCGCGGCGCAAGUCCGAGGCAGGCCCCGCGGCCGCGGGCGGCGGCGGCGGCGGCGGCGGGGGCCGCGGCGGCGAGUUUGGGACGCUGGUGCGGCCGGCGAGCCUGGUAUAUGAUGCGUCAAAGGGGAUGGCGCCCGCGGACGGCGGCGGCGCGUCGGCGUUCGCGGCGUGGCUGAUGAGCGCCCGCCGCUACCCCGGGCAGACGUGA